AUGUCGUUAUUCAAUGAGAAAGGCUCUUCCUUCAGUGACAAGCUUGGCAACUACCUGCUGAUCCAACCUUGCCCCUUGCUCGGAAAGAGAUUUAAUGAGAUCACCCAGGGUGUGGGGAAGUCUUUGUGCCAGGUACUGCGGGGGCCACGGCUUACAGCCAAGUUCAAGAACCACACCACACACAACCAGUCCCGCAAAUGGCACAGAAAUGGCAUCAAGAAACCCGGGUCACAAAGAUACAAAUCUCUUAAGGGGGUUGACCCCAAGUUCCUGAGGAACAUGCCAUUUGCCAAGAAGCACAACAAGAAAGGCCUGAAGAAGAUGCAGGCCAACAAUGCAAAGGCAGUGAGCGCACGUGCAGAGGCCAUCAAGACCCUUGUGAAGCCUCAGGCCAUCAAGCCCAAGAUGCCAAAGGGCCCCAGCUGCAAACUCAGCCGCCUGCCUUUCAUCGCUCACCCCAAGCUUGGGAAGCAGAUUCGAAGCUACAUGGUCAAGGGUCGUAGGCUCUGCCAACCAAAGCCCAAGGUUCAAACCAAGGCAGAGGCCACAGCUCCAGCUAAGGCCCGGCCUUCAGCUCUAGCUCAGGCUCCCAAAGGUGCCCAGAACCCUGUGAAGGCCCCAUAG